AUGUCGGAUGAAUCGCCGACAACCACGGGCCCGGUUCGCGUCGGCCAGAGGGUCAUCUUAGGCGGCAACAUCGCCACUGUGCGGUGGCGCGGCCUGGCACCGGCGAAACAUUGCUGGAAGCCGUCCGACAGGCGCAGCUUCCAUUGCGUCGUUGCUAACGGGGAGCCUGAGGACGCCCCGCCUGAGGAAACUGAGGAGGAGCAGGCGGAGCUGCUGGGUGUGGAGUGGGACAACUGGCGCGUCGGCACGCACAACGGGACCGUCGACGGCGUGUUCUACUUCGAGCCGGAGCGCAUGAGGCGCUGCGAGAAGGUGAUGCAGGCCGUGCAGCACGUCUACAGCGGCCACGAUGAGCCGUGGCUGCGGGAGAAUGCCGCCGCGUACGCCCUGCGCACCACGAUUGACAACUUCGAGAACAGGUCGUGCUCGUUCGUGCGCGAGUGCGACGUGCAGCUUGGCGUGCCCAUGGAGCGGGCUGUGCACAACAGGUACAUCACGGACGACCCGACGGGCGAAUCGUCGAGCCCGCACGGGAAGGGGCGCAUCGGGCACGAGUUCGUGGGCAGGGACGAGGCGCUGGAGUUCUUCAGCCACACCGCCAACCUGCUGAUGCUGGGGCUGCAGGACUGCCGCAUCGACCGGCUGGGCGACUGCACCAGGUACGCGUUCCCCAGGGUCCGCGAAGCGCAUCUACCCAACAACCUGAUAUCCGACUGGGACGUCGUGAGGGGGCUGCUGGCCAUGCUGCCGCGCGUCGACACGCUCGACCUGUCGGGCAACAUGCUGGUCUUCAACGACGAGAAGCCGCUCGAGUCGUCCACCCUGGCGACCGUGGUCCUGAACAACACCAUGCUCGACUUUGGGAACGUUGCGAGGCUGCUCAGCACCGUCAAGGGCCUCAAGUCGCUGUCGCUCUGCCGCAACAUGUACGUCGAGCUGCCGACCCUGGAGCCGCUGCAGAGCCUGAGGUCGCUCGACCUCACCGAGAAUUCCGUGUGGAACUGGUUCUACGUGCUGCGGCUCGUCAAAUCUGCGCCCACGCUCACGAGGCUCAUCAUCACGAAAAACCGGCUGUCCAACCUGUGCGUCGACCCGGAGACCGGCAGCCCGCUGUCCCUGUACCGAGCCGCGCUGCUCAUCGGCAAGGACCGGCCUGAGCCCCUCAAAGCUUUUGCGGCACUCGACGAGCUGCACAUGGAGGAAAACUACGUGCACGACUGGCAGGUCGUGUCAGACCUGGCCGUCGUGUUCCCCCGCCUGAGGGUGCUGCGCCUCAGGCUGUGCUUGCUCCACAAGGAGGCGACGCAGGCGGAGGAGAGCGUCCACCGGCAGGUGCUGAUUGCCAUCUUCCCGGAGCUCAAGGUGCUGAAUGGCACUGAGGUCACCAAGUACGACCGCAUAAACGCCGAGCGGUACUACCUCAGCCUGGAGCACGCCAACAGCACGCCGUUCAAGAGCACCAACACCCACGAAGCUCUCGACGAGCCUCACAGCUCGCGUCUCGAAGAGAUCCACGGCAAGCGCGAUGUCCCGCCCCCCAAGGAGGGCGUGUUCGUGUCUCCGGGUCUGCGCAUGAUCACCGUCAAGCUGGUGCCUGACGGCGACUCCGACAGCUACCUGAAGCCCGUCGUGACGCGGUCGAUCCCGCUUUGCACCACGGUGCUGGAACUCAAGGUCAUCUGCUGCGAGGUGUACGGCCUCACGCUGUCGGACGUGGUCCUCAUCUACAACAGCGGGGACAUGCCCAUCAGCGAGCGCAUGGACAACGACGAGGCCGAGAUCCAGUACUACGGCGUCGACGACGGCUACAGCAUCCGGAUCCAGUCGCGCAGGCUGAACCGCUGA